ACUCGCUCACUCGCUCACUCUCUUUCUCCCGCUGGCAAUCAGAAUCUGGGAGUGUGUGCAUAAGUGCGUGCGUGUGUGUUUAAGUGUGUGCGCGUGUGUGUGUGCGUGUGUGUGCGUUUACGGAUUAAGAAGAUCAUGUGUACGGAGAUUGUGUGUGUGUGUAUAUGAUCUAACACCACCAGCAAAGACAAUACUCCCGAAUUCAAAACAAGAAACAAUUGAACAUCGACGUGACGGAAAACAAGUGAACAUCGACGUGACGAAAAAACAAGUGAACAUCGACGUGAGUGAAAAAGAAAACCAAAAAUGUGAGGACAAACUAAAAAAGAAGAAGAAAACGGAGAGAAACAGUGAAAGAAGAAUGAAUGUGGAAAUACUACGAGAGGUGAAACUGAAGAGAAAAUAGUGAGAUAAGAAACAAGAAGAGAAAAUUAAACCAAACUAAGAAAAAAAUCAUUACAAAAGAACCAUCAAACGAGAAUUCCCAACGCCGGAUGUUGAUAAAAAAAGUCGGUUAGUCAGCCCCUUGGUCAGUCAUUCAGUUAAUUUGGUAGUCAGUAAUUUUGCUGGAUCAGUUAAUUUGUUAGUCAUUUAUUUUGUUAGUCAGUUCUCAAUCAGUCAGGUAGUCAGUCAGUCACUCCCUUAGUUCUUAGUCAGCCUGUCAGUCAACCAGUCAGCUAGUCAGUCAGUCACUUAUUCACCCCUUUCAGUCACUCAGUCAGUCAGUCAAUUACUCAUCCAGUCAGUCAGCCACUUAUUUCCUUAGUUCCUCAAUCAGCCUGUCAGUCAACCAGUCAGCUAGUCAGUCAAUCCCUUAUUCACCCUUUCAGUCACUCAGUCAGUCAGUCAAUUACUCAUCCAGUCAGUCAGCCACUCAUUUCCUUAGUCCCUCAGUCAGUUAGUCAGCCGUUCAUCUAGUCAGUCAGUCAACCAGUCAGUCAAGUCAGUCAGCAGGUAUAGUCAGUCCUUCAGUCACUCAGUCAAUCAUCCACUCAGUCAAUCAUCCAGUUAGUUAUCCAAUCACUUUCAGUCAGUCAGUUUAGUCAACCAAUCACUCAGUCAGUCGGUCGUCAGUCAGUCAGUGGGGGUCAAGAUGUCGCCAGUGUCGGUAUCACAGUGGUGCUGGUGGUGGUUGUGGUGCGCCCUGAUGGCUGGCCGCGGCUUGGGCUUCAGCGGGCGGGGCGGCGGCGCGGUGCUGCGGGACAACGUCUACGAAGGGGUGGUGGUGGCCGUGGCCGAGGACGUGGCCGAGCACCCGAACAUCGUCCCUAAUCUCAAGCGCAUGUUCCAGGACGGGUCGCGGGUGCUGGACGUGGCAACGCGGGGUCGGGCACGCUUCGGCCAGGUCACGCUGCUGCUGCCACCCUCCUGGAAGACACGGCCGGAGUACAAGAGACUGCCCGAGACCGCCACACUCUCAUCGUCAGCAGCAGCAGCGGUGAGGGUCGGCGCUCCCCACCCCCGCCACGGCCACGCCCCCUACACGCUGCAGAUGGGGGGCUGCGGGGAGGAGGGGGAGGCCAUCCACCUGACCCCCUACUACACCGCCAACAUGUAUGGUUCACUUCUACAGGAAUAUGGUCCCCCGGGCAAGGUGUUGGUUCACGAGUGGGCGCACUACCGCUGGGGUGUGUUUGACGAGUAUGUGACGCACUCCAGCAAGGCCACGCCCCCCUUCUACAUCGACGCAGCGGGCAAGGUCCGCGUGUCGGGGUGCAUCGGGGGGCUGCGGGGGUGGCUGAGCACGGAAGGGGGGGCUGCGGAGGGCUGCCACGCCGACCUGAGGGGGCUGCCGGAUGAGAGUUGCCGCUUCUUCCCCGACGAGGAGGGCGGCGGGGGGCAAGACGGCUCACUGAUGGCCCUUUACUACCUGGACGCGGUGACCCAGUUCUGCGGCGGGGAUGAGGCGCCCCACAACCCCCUCGCCCCCACCCCCCACAACCUCAUGUGUGGGGGGCGUAGCGUGUGGGAUGUGAUGGAGGAACACCCCGACUUCAAGGAGGGAGCAAAUCCCCCAAGAAAUAACACAAGAAGAAGAAUAACAGAGAAGACAAUAAAGGAGAAACGAGGAGGAGGAGGAGGAGAAGAAGGAAGAGAAGGAGGAGAUGAUGGAGAAGAUGAUAAUGACGAAGAUAAAUAUAAAAGGGAGAUGAAGAUAAAGAAGACAGAGGAGGAGGAGGAGGAGGAGGAAGUGAAGAAGAAGGAGAAGAAGAAGGGAGAUAAAAACGAAAAUGAUGAUGAAGAGGAGAAGGAAGAAGAGAAUAAAGAAGAAGAAGAAGAAGAAGAGGAAGAAGAAGAACUAAAGUUAACAUUCAAGAUCAUUCAACUAGAAAAAGAAGAAGAAGAAAAAGAAGAAAAUAACACAGAAAACAAGAAAAAAACACAAAAAAACGAAAAAGAGGAAAUAACAGAAAAGUCCCUGAACGCGAGCACAGAACCAGACGAAGAAAGGGAAAAAGAAGGAGAAAAGAAGAAGAAAGAAGAGGAGGAGGAGGAGGAAGAGGAAGAGGAGGAGAGGAACUAUGCUCCUCGCUUUGUUCUCCUUCUCGAUCUCUCCGGGUCUAUGGACGCCUACAUGAAUUACCUGACGCAAGCAUUGAGGAGCUUCGUCCGGUUCCUGGUUCCCGAGGGCAGCAUGAUGGCAGUUGUUUCCUUCGCCAACACCACACACCAUCACCUUCCCUGGACGCGAGUUGGGGGGGAUCGGCGCCCCCUACUGGCCCGCCUCCCCACCACGCACCACCUCAACGGCUACACGGCAAUAGGGAGAGCCAUGGAGGACACGCUGGAGCUAUUGGAGAGGGAGGGGGUGAGGAGCGAGGGGGUGCAGAUGGUGUUGGUGACGGAUGGGGAGGAGACCGUGUUCCCCUUGGUCUCCUCGGUGCUCCCCAGACUGAAGGCGAGGGGCAUCGUUAUCAACACUGUCUCCUUCGGGAACUACGCCACGGACUCCUUGGAACUGUGGGCACAGGAAACAGGCGGGCGGUCUUUUUGCCACAAGAUCGGCUUCCAGGGCCAGCAGACAGACCUCGCCUCGCUGCUCUACUCGGCCAUCGCCACAUCUGAGAGUCGCACACACCUCCAGCUGCAGGUGUACGGAGCGUCGCAUUGGGUGUUCGGGGAAGCGGUCUGGAGGAGGAGAGGAAGGAGGAGGAGGAGAGCCGCGGAGGAAGAGGAGGAGAGGAAGAGGAGGAGGAUGAAGGCGGAGGGGGAAGUCUAUUUGGAUUCCUCUCUUGGACGGCACACGCAGUUCAUCUUCACGGUUAUACGCGCGCACGUACACCCACACAGGCUGGCAGUGGGCGUGGUCUUGGUUGCGCCGGACGGGACGGAGUACACGGCAAGAGUCACGAAAAAGGAAGAGGAGGAGGAAGAGGAAGAGGAAGAGGAAGAAGAGGAAAAUGGGGUCAAGAUAUUCCAUGAUUCCAGUCGCUUUGUUUUCAUCUUCCGUUCUGCGAUGUCCGGCAAGUGGCGGUACACGCUGACCAACGGCCUGGCCCACAGCAGGGAGGAGGUGCAAGUGCUGGUGACCUCCCGCCCCGCGCCCGCCACGCCCACGCCCCCGGCCAGGGUGGAGGCGGGCGUGUCGGCGACGCGCGUGAUCUUCCCCGAGCCCGUGGUGGUGUGGGCGCGGGUGACGCAGGGCAGGGCGGCCGUGCUCGAGGCCAACGUGACCGCCAUCGUCUCCCUGCCGACGGAAAGGGACCCUGUUACCCUGCCCCUCAUGGACCACGGAAUAGGCGCAGACCACCAGGCCGGGGAUGGGCUGUACGCCGCCUACUUCACGCAGUUCACGGGCGACGGACGCUACGGACUGAGUGUGUACGUGACGACCACCAACGACACCACACGGACGCAAGAACACCAGUCUACCCCCUCCCCCUCCCUCUCCACUUCCACUUUCUCUUCCUCUUCCCCUUCUUCUACCUUCUACUCCUCUUCCACCACCCAACCCUCUUCUUAUUCCUCCUUCUCCUCCUCCUCCUCCUCCACCUCCAGUCUGACCUCUACUUCCUCCUCCUCUUCCUCUUCCUCUUCCUCUGACAUCACCACUCCCACUACCAGCAGCACCACCUCCUCUUCCUCUUCCUCCUCCUCCUCCUCUUCCUCCUCCUCCUCCUCCUCCUCUUCCGAAUCUUCCACCACCCACGUUCCCUCAUCUUCCUCCAUCUCUGUCUCCUCCAGCACUUCUCCCUCCUCCUCCUCUGCUUCCUCCUCCUCCUCCUCCUCCUCCUCUUCCUCCUCCUCCUCUUCCGAAUCUUCCACCACCCACGUUCCCUCAUCUUCCUCCCUCUCUGUCUCCUCCAGCACUUCUACCUCCUCCUCCUCCGCUGCUUCGUCCUCGUCCUCCUCCUCCUCCUCCUCGUCCUCCUCCUCCUCCUCCUCCUCCUCCUCCUCCUCCUCUUCCGAAUCUUCCACCACCCACGUUCCCUCAUCUUCCUCCCUCUCUGUCUCCUCCAGCACUUCUCCCUCCUCCUCCUCCUCUGCUUCUUCCUCCUCCUCCUCCUCCUCUUCCUCCUCCUCCUCUUCCGAAUCUUCCACCACCCACGUUCCCUCACCUUCCUCCAUCUCUGUCUCCUUCAACCCUUCCUCCUCCUCCUCAACCUCCUCCUUCUCUUCACUCUCCACCAACCCCACCACUCCCUCCUCCUCCUCCUCCUCCUCCUCCUCCUCCUCCUCCUUCUCCUCUUCCUCCUCCUCCUUUUCCUCCUCCUCCUCCUCCCCCACCCCAGCAGAGACGAAGGGCACCUCGGCCGUCAGACGCCUCCCCCCCCUCACCGCCCCCCACACCGAGUCCAAGCUACACUUCCCCCCCAGCGAGCUCAAGCCUCCCCGGAAGGUCACGCCGCCCCCCCGGGAGUGCCACGGGGGGGUCACGGAGGAGCGGAUGGAGCCCUUCUCUCGCUACUCCUACGGGGGCGUGUUCAAGGUCACGAACUACCAGCCGGGUGAUCUCCAACCCCCGGGACGCGUCUUGGACCUGUUCGUGACCCGCGUUGACCUCUUCGAAGUGUCCGUGACCCUGACCUGGACCAGCCCUGGCGAUGACCUCUACACCGGCACAGCCUCGGCCCUGGAGCUCAGUUACCACCAGACGAGCCGCCCCCCCACGGCCUCCCCCGGGCGAAGGGUCAACGAGAGCCAUCUGACCUCCGGCGACCUGACCCCCAAGCCUGCCGGGACCCUGCACACGGUGACCCUUAAGGUCCCCGGUGGCAGCGUGGCGGGGGUGGAGGGGCGGCCGUUCUUCUUCUGGGUGCGCGCUGGGGACGAGGUGGGGAACUGGGGAGGAACGUCCAACACAGCCACGGCCGUGUUCCCCUUGGAGGCCAACGUGAUAAGGGUGAAGAAGAAGGAGGUGACGAAGGCAAUGAACGGGCUGGUGGUGCUGGUGACCCUGGGCGUUGUGAUCCUCGUCUUCGCCGCCUUCACCGCCUACAUCAAGUACCUCCACGCCCGCCGCCGCAAACAAAGGGAGCACCCGUUGAUGGACCAGGGCACAGGGGGGCGGGAGGGGGGCGCGGCGGGGGGCGGGAGUCGCUACUAUUGCAACCAUAACUACAGCUGGGAGGGAGGGAGGGAGGGGCGGAUUGAGGAGCGGAGGGAGAGUAGGAAGAUGAUAGGGAUGGAGAGGAGAGCAAGUGGGAGGAAGAGUAGAGAAUGGAAGGAGGUGAAGACGGAAAUAUGAAGGCAAGGAGGGAAGGAAGGAGGGAUAGAGGGAGGGAGGGAGGGAGGGAAAGACAGAGAUAUGAAGGCAAGGAGGGAGGGAAGGAUAGAGGGAGGGAGGGAGGGAAGAAACAUGAGGAAUUGAGGGAGAGAAGAUGAGAGAAGGGAAUAGAGGGAGGGAAGGAAAGAAAGGGGAAUGAAGAGAGAAAUGGAGAGAAGGAAAGAGGAAUGAAGGGAGGGAGACAAGGGAGAAUAUGGGAAUAGAGGGAGGAAAGGAAGGAUAGAGGGAAUAAAGAGAGAAAGAAAAGGAAGGAUAAGGGAAUAGAGGAAGGAGAGGGAGGAAAAAGGAAUGGAAAAAGAAAUAAGGAUAGGGAAAUGAAGGAAAGGGGAGUGGAGGAGGGUAAUAAAUAGGAGAUAGAUGGAAUGAAGGAAAUACGCGAGGGAGAAAAGAACAAAAGAAUGAAGAGAAUAAAUGAAGAUAGGAAGACAUGGAAGCGAAGAAGAGAAAAACAGCAAACGAAAAAAUAUAAAAAAAAAGAUGAAAGAAGUAUAGAAAGAAGGAAGAGAAGACAGGGA